CUGUCAAAGUAAAGGAGCGCGCCCGCCGACUGCGGCUUCGCGGACACAUUGCGCGUGCGCCGCGGCCGUUUUUCGCGCAUUGUGGGAUCGCUGGCUUGACCCGCAUAAUUAGUCCUCGCGAAAUCGGCCGUUCCGUGGGGGCCGGGAAAACGAAGUAAUUCGGAGGCGGUCUUUGCCGAUCUCGGUUGAGGCCGCGGAGACGUCCGAGGCGGCCGUCGGUAUGCGCGGAUCACGGCGCUACGAGGGCCACUGAGCCCCUGCGGCAAGAACCCCACCGGCGCAGAGAAACCCCGACCGAGGAGAGCUCCGGAGAGAGAGCGAGGAGUACCCCGCAGACAUGCCGAGCUUCACGGGCACCGUCAAGCUGAAGAUAUGCGAAGCCGUGGAACUCAAGCCGACAGACUUGACUACACGGCACGCGAAUGUGGUCGGCUCGAAGCCUCAACUGAUGCUGAUAGACCCGUACGUGUCCAUCAAUGUCGAUGAUAUCCUCAUCAGCCGAUCCAGCACCAAGCAGCGGACCUUCAAGCCCGUCUGGAACGAGUACUUCACGGCCGAGGUGCACGGCGCCCAGAACCUGGGGUUCACCGUGUUCCACGCGGCGCUGCCUUCGGACGACUUUGUCGCCAACUGCAGCGUCUCCUUCGACGAGCUGGUCAACUCGGCCAAGGAGCAAGGCAGCAACGAGAACGACAUUUGGAUUGACCUCGAACCCGGAGGCAAGAUCCAUGUGGUCAUUGAACUUAUCUCAGCGGAGAAUGUGGUGGCGGAGAAGCCGCGCGAGUUCAAGCAGCGGCAGGGCCUCAACCGGCGCCGGGGGGCUAUGCGGCGUCGGGUGCACCAGGUCAACGGCCACAAGUUCAUGGCCACCAUUCUGAGACAACCCACCUUCUGCUCUCACUGCCGCGAGUUCAUCUGGGGCCUAGGGAAGCAAGGGUAUCAAUGUCAAGUUUGCACAUGUGUAGUCCAUAAACGAUGCCACGAGUUCGUCGUGACCAAAUGCCCCGGCAUGAAAGACAGCACGAAUGACGAGCUGGCAGCGGGCAGCCGGUUCAACAUCAACAUCCCCCAUCGGUUUGUCGUCCACAACUACAAACGGCCAACCUUCUGCGACCACUGUGGUUCCAUGCUGUAUGGCCUGUUUCGACAGGGGCUCCAGUGUGAAGCAUGCAACAUGAAUGUACACAAGCGCUGCCAGAAGAACGUCGCCAACAACUGCGGCAUCAAUCCGAAACAAAUGGCCGAGAUCCUCAGCGCCAUGGGCAUCUCCGGCGACAAGCUUACCAAACGCAAGAAGAAACAAGGAAUAUCCCUCACCCAAGAGAUAUACAACCAGACCUCCAUCAGUGAAUCUCCCAACAAGUUGACGCAGUCCGUGUCGGAGAGAUCGCACACGUCCCCCCUGCCAGCCACUGCAGGAUGAGGAGAAGGGUGCAUGAGCUUUGGGGCGUACGACAUGCUGGCGUUGACCGACUCAUACGGCCAGCUGUCGCUUCAAGUGCCAGACACGGGCGGCGAGCCUGUCGAGAAAUUCUCUCCCACACCGAGCAGCCGCGACAGCCGGCGGCCGCGCAAGUUUGGGUUGGAGGACUUCAUCUUCAUCAAGGUGCUCGGAAAGGGCAGCUUCGGAAAGGUCAUGCUAGCCGAACGCAAAGGCACAGAGGAAGUAUACGCUGUGAAAGUGCUCAAGAAAGAUGUCAUCCUGCAAGACGACGACGUUGACUGCACCAUGACGGAGAAGCGCAUUCUGACGCUGUCCGCCAAGCACCCGUUCCUCACAGCCCUCCACUGCUGCUUUCAGACCGAGGACCGGUUGUUCUUCGUCAUGGAGUAUGUCAACGGUGGAGACCUGAUGUUCCAGAUUCAAAAGGCGAGGAAGUUUGACGAGCCGCGAGCACGAUUCUAUGCAGCCGAGGUGACGUUAGCCCUCAUGUUUCUACAUCAGUACGGAGUCAUUUAUAGGGAUUUGAAACUAGACAACAUUCUCUUAGACACGGACGGUCACUGCAAGAUAGCAGACUUUGGCAUGUGCAAGGAAGGCAUCAAGGAUGGCGUCACGACGACCACCUUUUGUGGUACACCGGACUACAUCGCUCCCGAGAUCCUGCAAGAGUUGGAGUACGGCCCAUCGGUGGACUGGUGGGCACUAGGUGUGCUCAUGUACGAAAUGAUGGCGGGCCAGCCGCCUUUUGAGGCGGACAACGAGGACGACCUCUUUGAGUCGAUCCUGCACGACGACGUCCUCUACCCAGUCUGGCUAAGCAAGGAGGCCGUCUCUAUACUCAAGGGGUUCAUGACCAAAAAUCCUGCCAAGCGGUUGGGCUGCGUGGAGUCGCAAGGUGGGGAGCAGGCCAUUCUAAGCCAUGCCUUCUUCAAGGACAUUGACUGGGAAGCCUUGGAGGCCCGCAAGGUCAAGCCGCCCUUCAAGCCCAAGAUUAAAACCAAGCGUGACGUGAACAACUUCGACCAAGACUUCACCAAGGAAGAGCCGGUGCUGACACCGGUCAACCCCGAAGUGUUGCGCAACAUCAACCAAGAGGAGUUCAAGGGCUUCUCCUUCGUCAAUGAGGACUUCAAUCCGGCCAGGUUUGCGGGCGAGGGCGGGCCCGCGACAUAGUGCCUCCUCUGCAUACGAUGGGCCGCCCCUUCUAGUCAUGCUCCACGCGCACACACCAUCACUCCGUUCCUUUUCCCGCCUUCCCUCUGGCGGCUGCAGUGCCUGGCUGGCCCAUUCGACCUUUUUCUCAACACUUCUUUUUCUCGUUUCGAUACCCCCAUUACUUUAUAAUUUUCAGCGGGAUGGUUCCCCAUAUGCCACGCUCAGGGCUGUGCCCUCUGAAAGUGCAACAACGUAAAGGCACUGUCGCUGCCGUCGCGCGUGGACUCCAGCUUCGAGCAGUGUUCUUUAUCCUCACAGUGACGGUGACGUCUUAACGGGCCUUGUUUCGAUGGUAGUGGCCUCCAGGUAGGGUUGUGACAGGCAAUUCGCAGACCCCACCCCCAUUGGCAUUUCCACGAAUACGGGUUGGUAGUCGAGAGACCCAUCGACACACUGCCAAAAUUUUGCUGCAUCUCGCUGGCAGUUUUUUGUCGCUCUUUCGUUUGAAGCCAUGGCGGGGCUUUUCCGAAUUUCUCUCCUCACCACCCUUUAAAGCUCAGAAUGUUGUGUGAGUGAAAGGAUCGCUGGGCAAAAUGUCUGCGCUAUAGUCAGAAGCAAGCGACAGGCACAAAAGCAGGUGCCCGGGCACUCGUUUCUAGUCUAGUACAGAGCUAAUUUUGUUUAGUGCCAUGUGCCCUGGGCUGCUACCACUUGUAAGUGCCCAGCCCCUAGGGCUGUCCUCUUAAUAAUUUUUUUUUGUCUCUUCAGUUUUGUCGCCAAGGGUUCUUCAUUUGCUUUGCUUCUCAUCUGGAAGUUCAUCCUUUAUUCUCCACAACAUCGUUUUCUAUAUUGAGUGAAUAGUUUGUCAUCGACUCAGCGUCACCUGCAGCAAGUGCAUUUCAGGCAAAAGCAUUUCUUGUAGGCGGCCAUGUUCCUGAAAGAGACUGUCGUAUUUACUUUUCGUUAAUUGGGCAUCUUGCUGAGCAUAUUUUUAGGUUUUUAUUCUCGCAGUCUUUCUUGACACUGCAGUGUUAAUGUUCUUUUCCCACUGUUCUACUUCCAGGUAACAUCCAUCGAACUUUUUAUUACUUGUUUUCUUCGCUGUGUUCACAAUUUGUAGCUAUUUAUUUAUUUAUUCUCCACAACUUUCAUGGACCUUAGAAAGGAGGGGCAAUCUCGCUAGCUGUGCACGUCUUUUGUCAGUAAGCGAAGGUCAGAAGUUCUCGUUUGUUUUGUCCACUUGUUUGUUUUGUUUCAUUAUUCAUCACAUUCUGGGCACAGGCCGAUAUUGUUGUCAGGCUAAUCUUGCAAGUCAGUCAAGGCCAACAUCUGCUCCUUUAUGGAGCCUAUAAAUUCGCAGUCACCUUGUGGUCAACAUCAUCUAUGUUCACUCUACAAGAACUGGUGUCAGUCAACGCCCAAAUUGGCUGUGAGGGGACAUGGACAAGUGGCGGCCGUCUUCGCCUUCUUUCAUUGCAUAGUUGGAGUUGCAUUGAGUGAUAGAACUUUUCGUUAAUUUAUAUUUCCUUGGGCUUCUUGCAGAAGCUACACCUUUGCCAUUUGGCCGCAGUUUGGUUGUGUUGAAUAGCACCCUUUAAAUGCGCAUCCACGUGUUGAUUAUCACUUACGCUUCUCUUCGUGAAAUUGUGCUUUGCUAGUUUUGCCAAAAAGUCUCAAAUCUUUGCAGCUGGUCUGAGGGUAGUGAGUAAAAUAAUCGCAGGCCGGCGAAUACCCAUUCUGCUGGUAUAAAUGGCUCCAAAUUUAAAGGCAAAAGCGAGACAUCGUGGGUAUGUAAAGAUCACCGUUGAUCCCCUCACCUUGAGAUGCGUACAUUGCGCGGUGAUACAGUGCUGCGAAUGCCAGUAGACACCCACCACAACAAUGUAAAAUAGGAAAUUUCCACUCUUCCUGCUUAAAGGUGUCCCAUCCUCUAGUUUGUUUAGAAAUCUUCUGUGCAUCUGGAACGAUUGGCUAGCCAUCACACGCGAGUAAUAAAGUGGUCGGUUUGUUGGGCAACACUACUAGUCAGCUUAGGCCGAGGCUAUCGGCUGGUGAAAAUAUUGUUACUUAUAGCCCGGUUUCAACAGUAAGCGAGCAGUGAGUCGUACUGCUUUGCAUCCUGCUUGCACGCCACACCAAAGAGCGAAAAGGUGCUUGUGCCUUUGUAACAAUGAGUGGCCUGGUGGCCCCACCGGUCUGCCGGUCCAGCAGUGCGUGCUACUCACGAAAACCUCCCAAAGACCGAGGCGACCUUUAGCUUGAUUCCAGCUCGGUGUAGGUAGCACCGCAGCAGCAUCAGUGCAUUUAGACAAUGGUUUGAAGCCGGUGAUUCGUAUUUGCUGCAUUGUAACACGAAGUCCGCACAAGUCCAACACGGGUGACCCGGCCUGCCGAUGGCCGUAGCAUAGCUGUGAUCGAUCGUAGAGCCAUCAACACAGCGCUUGUGUGUCAGUCGUCUAAACUUGAUCCUUUUGUGACUCGAGAGCUCCUCACAAUGUUGUGUUUCACAUUGCGUUCUACUCUGUUUUGUGUUCUUUUUUACAAUCAAUUUUUGUUUUGUUUUCUUGUUCUCCCAUGUAGAUAAUUGACUUACGCAUCAGUAUUUUUUAUUUGUUGUCACUUGUUCAGCCAUACACGCCCUGCGGCUUUACAUUUUCAGCCUCUUUGUACCGGCAUAUGCGUCAUCGUCGUGUAGUGAAACAGCUUGUGCGUUUUGCACUGUCCAAAGAUUUCGUCUCGCCUCGCUGGCAUGUCUGUGCUGUAUUGUAGAGUGUCGGAGAUAUUAGUGCUUCAUUGAAUUAAAACUACUAAAUCCUGAGCAGGCUUCCUGCUGCGCAUUUCCUAUACAGAAUUACUUAUUUUCUUUUGCUCUCAUGCCCUCAAAUACGUGUUAGACUAUCCUUCACACCCUGUAUCUGAAAAGCAGAUGGCUGAUCCAGAUUCUCUAAGUGUGCGGCAUUUGCCGACAUUUUAGUAUCCUUGAGCAGACCUGUUCGCGUGCCUGUAGACUUAUCCAAUUACCAUGGGGCUUCAUUUGUAAAGGUAACCGAAGCCUCUCUUGUAUUUUAUGCUCGAAACGGAAAUGAGAUCCUCUCAGCCUCAAUUUUUUGUUGAAAUAGUUGACGAUCAUUCUUUCUGAAGAAAUGGCGCAUAGUUUGAGAGGUAAUAUGAAGAAAUCUGAGCAAGUUCUUGCUCCAUGGGUCAUAAAAAAAAAGAAGAAAAGGAACAUGUUGAGUGCACGUAUUCUCUACGUGUCGCCAUACCUGUGUCAAACAGUUAUUGCCGCCAAGCAACUAUUGCAUUGCACGCAGCCCAAUUUAGAAAUUUCCUAGGACAUAAUCUCUACGUUUGAGGGUUGGUCGUGUUACGACCCGAGUGUGUACUUUCAAAUCUGGACGUUUAUUGCAUAGCUUCUGGCAACGAGCACAGGAAGUGUUCCUCAAGUCUUGCCUCUAUGCUCGGGAUGUGGCAAAACUCUUGUCACGAUUUUAAUCAUUCUGAAAGCUGCCGCAAGCUUCCAUACUUGUAAUUUUCCUAGUACCGUCAGGAUUUUCAUUUCUGCAGAAGCACUGCCUAGCUGUUUCAACCGCCAUCUUGAUGUGAUUCUUGGUAUAUCGUUUAUCAAACUUUCCAAGACUGCAACGAGGAAUGUGGGUUUGCAUGCUCUCGUAUUUUAUGAUUGGCCUCUGUCAGUUUCAGUCCUAUGACUUCUGCCUGCCUUUUAUUAAGUGCAAAAAUUCUUUUCAAGCUCUUUGCAUCUUAAGGGCUGUAUUAACAUAAGGUGAAUGUGUCUGCACUGGCUGUACUGUUUGGUCGCUUACGUUUGGCAUACAGUACGUCUUGCUGGAGCUUACACUGCUUCAUAUGCAUAUGUUUAUAAAACCAGUGAUUGGAACAACUUGCUCAGAUGAAACCAGUCGUACAAGUAUUAGUUCACCGAUUCAUCUGAAUCGAUUUUUGGCAGAGUGCUGCUUUGGUGUGCAUUAACUGCUUUGUAUUUGAGUUUAGAUUAGUCCGAGUCUUUUCGACAGUGGUAUUCCCGUCGUUUGUACUAUGUUGCUGUAAUGGCUCUUCGCUUCCAGUGCUUCGUGCAGUAGUCAUCGUGUAUUGGAAUACAAUUUGUCAUCGUUUGUUCUAGUAUCGAGGAAAUUGUAAAUUACGAUGGUCGAGCAUGUGUUUUGUUGCGAUGUUUUCUUUUUGGUAUAUAAAAAAAAAUACUGCCGUUUCACAUAGCAAAAUACUCACACGCACACAUCGCAAAGGGCACCAGACAGUGGCGAAACUGUUUGGUGCUUGGUGUGUGCACAUGUACAUAAUGUAAAUGCAAGUUGUUUUGUGGACAAGGCAUCGUCGUGACUUUUGUCUAUACCCGCUUUUGUCUGCAUUGUUUACUUUGAGUGCAUUCGUUUUUAUUUUUAAUUUUCUUUGCAUGUGUGCAAGUUGGACAGGCUGAGAACAUGCAUCAACUAGCAAUGUGUUUUGCUAUGGUAUGGAUUGUGAGUGUAAAUGUUUCACGAGGCUUGCUACUUUUGUCAACUUUGGGGAAAAUGGGAAUUGUGCGCUGAGGCUUCUUGUGACUCGCACUGGCUUAUGGGUUGACUUUUUUUUUUUGUUGUCCUAACAAAUGCAGCUAAAGUUUAUUGCGAUUGCUGUGUUGAGCAUGCGACCGAAUGACAACAAUGUUGAGGCACGGGUUUUGUGCUCAGCACCUGCAGAGCAUGUGUGCUCUAGUAAAAAAUGGCCAUUUCGUCUUCAUCCAAGCGCUUAAUGCAGAGCGCAAUGUUUUCUUUGUAAAAUUCUUUUUGUCACGAGACAGAGGUGUUUAGCAAUGUUUGUCUCUGUGUCGCCAUGGCGACUUGAGUUCUUGUUUAACGGUUACUGUGGCUGUGGUGUUCUUAUGCUAUAAAUCACAGCCUCUCUGUGUUCCUUCUUGAUGCUUCAGUGUGUGUCACCUUUUAUGCAGGUGUAAUACGAAAUGCUCGCCCAGCUUUGUCCGUCCCUAUGAUCGCACCAGCAGGAUCAUAUUGACAAUGCUUGCUGCAAUUUUAUCCAGCAUAAUUAGCCAAGGCUUGCUGCCUUGUCUGGUUGCAUGCGGGCACUCACUUUACACCAAUCCUAUUUGAAUUUAUUUUCAAUAGAGUCCAUUCUGUAUGGGGACGUUCCGUGACACUUGCCUGAAUUCUUCGGAUCGGGGUCAAAUGUUUCAGUGUAACUUUUGCUGUUCUCCGUGAUGCUUUGGUACAUUUUUUUACAGCUUUUGUCAGAAAUCUAGAUGCCACUGUUACUGAGUACAUGUACAGUGAUCACGCAUUGAAACGGGACCUUUUACACCAAAGUUACGCACAUCCUCUUGUUUCUGUUCUACGGAUCGUUUCAUAUCAGUGUAAUCUCUACUCAAACAUUUACAGCAGAGCCAACAUUACCUUUAGUGGCCACAUUUGUAGUGACAAGAGCUGCCUUGAGAAGUGGCACACAUGAGUCGUAAUACCAAAAGUCUUGAAUGUAGCAUUUCAAUGCAUGAGCACAGUAAUGUGACCUUUGCACCCUUGUCACAACCUUUCGAGAGUCGUAUUGAAGUCCCCAAUUGUUCAUUGGAACUCGGAGCUUACACCCUGAAGUUGAGUUUGUGUGAUGGCACAUUUCAUCAAUGAUGUAUGCAACUAUGAUUCCCAAGAGAAUGACUUCAUCCAGUAGUUAGGACAGUUGAUGUCGCUUAAUGCUUCUUCUUUGAUGCAUUAUGUUUCGUGAAAGGAUUACCUGUAACUUAGCCAAGUUAAACUGUAAUAUAGACAACAGCAGACAUUUUUUCCCACUGGACAGAUUAGGAAAUAGUGCUAGCAACUUGGUCAUAUGGAAAGUUACUGGGCUGCAUCCUAGAAUCCCUGCUCCCCUCUUCUCUGGAGAAUCAACUGAGGGGUAAUGCUUACUGGCAUAACUUUUUUUUAAAUUUAUCUUCAGUAUCUUUAUUAUUGUUUUUAAGAAUUAUAGUUAGCUUCAACUGAAUUGGAGGAGAUCACUGGCGAUUCGAUGAAACAGCAUUAGAUCACUUUCUUUUCCUGGAGAAGCAACCUUUACUCGCUCAAAUAUGCCAUUGAGAUUUUUGUUGUAUCCAUAGAUUGAAUGGCUCAGAGGUGUGUAAAUCACUCUCAGGAUCAAAUGUGGAGGAGCUUCAGCAAGUUUGCGGAGAAAGUUUAUCUGGGCAAUUUGCUCUCUAUUUACAUCACCAAAGAAGUGGGUUAAGAAGUUGGCCGAUCUCCGGGACGGCAAAGUUGUUGAGCAAUGUAACAACAUUCUUGCCAAGUAACCAACACUUCUUAUUAAGUUAUGCUUACAGUUCAGUGCUGCAACUUGUUCUGCAGAACGAAACCUCUGUUUUAGGCUCUGAGCUCCAAUGAGCAAAUGAUAGACUAAAAAAAAAAAAAAAGAUUUUGGUGCCAUAAGCUUGAGUGUGUGUAUCGCAGAAGCGGUGUUCCUACAGCAUUGUCAGCGUCUUGAGGGUCUACGAAGUGAAAAUAGGAGUGUGGAGAUAGUUGAAAUAUGGUUAUGCCUUGUUUGAUUCUCCCUUGAGUCGAAUAGUUUAGCUGUAAAUAAGGAUAGUUUCAUCGCAGUCUUCAGAUACAGUAGUGUCUCGAUGAGUGAACAUUUUGCAAAGCAAAGGCUCACUUGUUGUAAUGACGAAACGUGCAUUUGCAAAACAUGACCGACAGCGUAAAGCCACUUGCAAAAUGAACCAAGCUAAUUUUUCAAGCUAGCAUUUUAUUUCAUAUUGUGAACUUUUACACCAGGCAUGAAACUGCUAGAAAAAAGUGUGAUAAUUUUCAUCUCUGUGGCUGUGGUAGACAUAUAAACAAUUUUAUAAUGAAACACUCUCUGUUGCUCAGAUGCCAAAAUCUUCCGGCAGGGCUGUUACAAUUCACACUCGCCAGUGAGUAAGAAAUCUACGACCAAAGCAAUUAUUUGCCCGUAAUACUAGUUUUGAACUUUCAAUGAGCAAAUCUUCACAAUGUGCAGUGUAGUGACAGCUGAAGCAUCCUUAAUUGUUAUGAAAGUUCUAGGAUGUGAUAAUUGUUUCAAAGAAAUUUUCCCUCUAUCCAAAGACUAUAGGGUUUGAUUAGCUUUUGGCAAAAUUAGCUUUCAUUAUUCAGCCUAAAAACUUAUCAUUUGUUAACCACUCGUUGAGAACUAUUGCUCUCUCGAGAGUGCUAAUGCUCCAAGCAAAAUCUAUUGCCCUCUUGAAGAGUCGGUUGCUCUGUAAAGAGCCAAUUUCCCGUUGAAAGCAAAAGUGCAGCCGGACUUAUUAGCCCUUAUAACAGCUUGAAGCUCGCCAUAUGCCUCCAUUUUUGAUGAAAACAUGCAUAUUCUCUAAAUACGUAAAACAAGCACAUGCAAAAUGUUGUUGGACUUGUAGGCCUGCAAUGCCGGCUACAACACCACAGUGCCUGCAGGAAGAGCACUGGAUCUAUGGCUAUCACAACAAAGGAAAAAUAUUAUUUUAUGAAGCAUAAAAAAUUACCAGGAAAUUGGGCAAGUUGAGUUGAAUUGCUUUUUAUAUACACAGACAAACCGUGAUAUAGUGAAUACAGAUGAAAUUAACCAUCACUCAUCACAAAGCAAAUAAAAGAUAAUAUUGGAGAAAUUGCAUAUUCAUAACAAAGUUUUGGAUAUAAUGGGUAUACUGUUGUCUAAUGCAGCUUCUAUAUGAAAUAUGACUCUAAAACAGUAAAUGGCACACAAUUAUUGUGUGCUCCUUGUGUCACUAGUCCUAAUACUGUACUUUAAAUAAUAGCUUUCCAUGGAUGGUUUUUUAUCGGCUGGAUUUGGAAUUUGAGCAUUUUUCUAGGCAACCAAAAAUGAGGAUGCACCAAAAAAAGAUUCACUUUAUUGUUUAGAAGUGAGGUGUUGAGCGUCCCCCCAGUUUGGUUCUCUCUCAUACUCGUUGUUCGAAGGGGAGUUUCAGCUAGUGUAACCAGAGAUCUCUGCCUCAAACGCUGUAGGAAUGCCAUGUCGCGUCUGGCAACGACUCUAGUCACCUGCGCUGUGGCAUACUUUAAUUGUGGCUCUGUACAUGUAUUCCGUGUUUGUUAAUAGGUGUAGAAACCAUCUACAUACUGAGGCCCUUGUAAAGAUGGCGUGGCACACCAAGGAGCGUCUCGCGUAAACGCGCAGGAUACGUUGUUACGAGAGCUUCAGUAUGUUGAUGGCGCCUGCCUUUGUUUACAAACAUGGCAUGCGUCUACAUGUGUACAACUCGCGUUUACUUAUGUGUCAAGGGUAGUGGCGAGACGGUGAGAGUGACAUCAAGGGAAGGUAUGAAACAUUCUUGUUGCACGUAAACUCGGCUGUACCCAAUGUCCUCAAAACAAGGUUGAUGUCUUUCGUUUGUUAGUUGAACGCCAGUGCUAAGUCCUCAGCUACGGUGACACGAUUGUUUACAUUGUGCAUAUUGUGCGUGUGUGUUUUGCUUCUAGUGAAUGGCGAACAGCUUUGCCCUAAAGAACACUUCACUGUAGCAUAGCAUGGGUGCAUUCUGAUAGUUAGCACCUUGUAAAAAUUGUACAGGAUGGUUGCUACACUCGGGCACGUCUUUAAUUUAUGUCCGCUUGUGUUGUUUUUUUUUUUUUUUGCUUCGCCAUGGUACUUACUUUAUUCCAUGUGGCUGUUUUUGUUUUAUGCAGGUUUCCUUAUGGAACUCUUUUUCCAAGCUUAGUUUUAUUAAUCUCUCUUAAAACUUUCAGGCAAAUGACUUGUGGGCAGCAAUGUUGCUUUCAGUCGGUGCAGGGUAGUCGUCAGUCUUCAACGCGGAAGCGUGCGCAUGCAUUUGUCAUACGGUAAGGUACCUAGCAGUGAAGUAGUUGCUGUCUGACACGGCCCCUAUUUUACCAUCCAGCCAAAGGUUUGGUUCGAACGCCGGUGAGGAGGUCAUGUCUGAAGUUGUCAGAAGCUUGUCUUUGCGACUGGAUGCUGUAUUCCCUCUCCACCACCUUAUGCACAAAAACUAGGUGUGGCAACGAAUCACAGGCAGCCAGCCAUCUUCACGGGCUGUCUCCAGCUCCCAGUUAUUCCAGCCAAAAGGUCUCGGCUCUUGGCGGAUCCCGUGAUUUCAGCCCGAGAUAGUCCCAAAUCGUGCUCCCAUGCCGCCACAGCGCUUUUUCUUUUUUCAAAGGAGGUAGUGGUGCAGCGCAGCUGUCCCAGAGAGCCUUGAAUGCCGUUGGCUCUAGAUGCAACAGGAGGAGGUUGCUUUGCGGCGCCCCUCAAUUUUCCCCGUCGGUCUGACAUAGCACCGUAUAGGCACGCUGUUCUUCGUUCUCUCGCGCAUUGAGUGGGAUGUGCGUGUUUGUACAGAAAAAAAAAAAAAACGAGAUGCAGCAGCUUAGAAGCAAAUGCACCUUUAGAUCUGCACAAUCAACUCGUUGGUUACCUAGAUUUCCCCAGAGCGUAAAAAGCAGCAGCAGUGUAGAAGUAAACGUGGCAGCACCUCUUUACACCUUGUUCAAACCCGUGAUGCAGUGGAGCCAGCGUCGUUCUCCCCAACCUCGAUGACACCGGGAUGCCAAGAGAACUGUUGCGUGCGCUCGUUUAACUGCCAGGCGUGGCUAGCGCGUCAUCUCCAGCCUUCGGUUUCAUUUUUACUUAGUCGUCGUUCCAUAACGGGAUCUCAAUGUUGCGCAGAGCUUUCGAUUGGGACGCAAGCUAGUCGGCUAGAGAUGCCCCGCAGCUCGUCCUGGCACUUGUAACUGACAUGGUGUGUGUGGUUGUUGUUGUCUCCUUCUGUGACGAAACUGGGCGAGUUUUCAUUGCCGAUCUGUGUUUGCGCCGUGCAGGGUUUGGCCACUGGGCCUUGAUGCCCGCAUGCCUGCUUCGUGUGUAAGUGUUCACAUUUAGAUACCACCCCCCUCCGUUUAGGAGAGGCGGAACCGGAAGACGUGACCUCGUUUGGAUGAUUAGGAAAGAGAAGACUUUUUCUUAGACUUUUGCGGCGGUCUGUGCAGGCACAGGAGAUGCAAUUUUUUGUCACGGCGGUUCGCGUGACAACUCCUGCACGCGACAUCAUCCUGCCUCUUGAGGAGCCAUUGGAAGCAGAGCGAUGGCCUCUCUGUAGUUUUCAGACAAAGCGAUGUAGCAGCAGAGUUAAGCAAUUUGUCUAGACACACUGCACUUACACACAAACACACAUACACAAAAUGUGUUGGCCAGACCGGUAUGUGCUGGUCGUCAUUUACAGUGAGGACUUUAGGAUGAGGGAAAAGUGCAAAAGGAUGUUAUAAAUAUAUACAUAAGGUUACUCACACAGUAUAUGUAUAUAAAAUAAAAAUAUUGACAACAAGAUUGGUGUGAAGUAGAAGCAUUUGUAAACUCUGUACAUUCAACUGUGUCUGUUUUGAAAGCAUGGUCUUUAAAAAGAAAUUGAAAAAAACUGCAACGUGCUGGUGGCACACAGUGGCCCUCAACCAUAGGUGUUAGGCUCCUGAAUCUGGUGCUGGCACGACUGUUCUGAUAUAUUUUGUCUGUGGUUCUCAUGCCCUCGUGGACAUUGCUGCUAAUAAACUCAUCUGUGAUGCAAAGAGAGAAAAAAGAAAAAAAAAAGUACAGCAGAAAA